ACCGGAACUCGUCAUAACUUUCCCCAGCUGCGAUUAUCUUUGUUUUCACACUGAAAGUUAAGAAAAACGUCGCAGUCGGUACUAACUGCUGUUGGAAAGCAUCUGACGAAUAUUAUACUUUAUUAGGAAGCAAAACGAUAAUCGUUUUAAUCGAUUUAACAGAUUCAAAGUCGGCGUUUUCCGACUUUUUUUUUUUGCCCGGACGACAAAGUGGAAACCGACCAACCGGCUUUGAAAUUCAAACUGUGGGAUGCCUAGCUGGCUAGUUCAAACGUGCUCCUCAUGAUUAGUUUACUGAAACUGUUUUGCUUGUGAGUUUUCAGUCUUUCCUGGCUUUAAGGUAACAUAAGAGGCUGUUGUUCACACAUCUCUAAGGCUGGCAUCUUCCUGUGAGUUCACUUUGGUGUCGCAUUUUGCAACAGAAUGAGUCUGCGGGAGAUCAGCGAGAAUGUGAAGCUGGCCCGAGAGUACGCCCUUCUGGGGAACUACAGCUCAGCCAGUGUUUUCUACCAUGGAGUGCUCGAGCAGAUCAAGAAAUAUGUGUACACUGUGCGCGACAGCAGCUUUCAGCAGAGGUGGCAGCAGCUAUGGCAAGAAAUUAGUGAAGAGAAUAAACAUGUUCAAGACAUUAUGUCGACCUUGGAGAGCUUCCAGCUGGACGCUGCCCCCUCUAAACCAAGUAAUCACGAUGAUUGUGAUGUGAGGCCUGUACCAGUGGAACCAAGAUUUUCUCCUUGUCCAGUUAGGAGACCUGCCAACCCCUAUAAAGACAGCAAACCUCACAACAACCGGCUCAGUGUGGGUUUGAGGCCACAGCAGAGGCACUCGCCUCGCGGGCCCAACGGGGACAGGAGCAAAGGUCCUAAGGGCAAAGACAAGAAGGAGACCAAAGAGGCAAAGGAGGCUGCUGGCAAAGCAAAGGACGACAAGAACAAAGCAGAUGGCCAGGAGAAAGAGGUGAAAAAGUUUGACGGGACAGGAUAUGACAAAGAUCUUGUGGAGGCUCUGGAGAGAGAUAUUAUAUCUCAAAAUCCCAACAUUAAAUGGGACGACAUCGCAGACUUGGAGGAUGCAAAAAAACUCCUGAAAGAAGCAGUUGUGCUGCCGAUGUGGAUGCCAGCGUUUUUCAAAGGCAUACGAAGACCGUGGAAGGGGGUGCUCAUGGUGGGACCUCCGGGCACAGGGAAGACACUGCUGGCCAAAGCGGUCGCCACUGAAUGCAGAACGACAUUCUUCAACGUGUCCUCGUCCACCCUCACCUCCAAGUACAGAGGGGAGUCUGAGAAGCUGGUUCGCCUCCUCUUUGAAAUGGCACGUUUUUACGCUCCCACCACAAUCUUCAUCGACGAGAUCGACUCCAUGUGCAGCCGCAGAGGGACUUCAGAGGAGCACGAGGCCAGCCGCAGAGUCAAGGCAGAGCUACUGGUGCAGAUGGAUGGUGUCGGCGGAGCAUCAGAGAACGAUGACCCCUCAAAGAUGGUGAUGGUCCUGGCUGCCACCAACUUCCCGUGGGACAUUGACGAGGCUCUGAGGAGACGCCUGGAGAAGAGGAUCUACAUCCCUCUGCCCUCAACUAAGGGCAGAGUGGAGCUGCUGAGGAUCAACCUGAAGGAGCUGGAGCUGGCCAGCGACGUGGACAUGGCCAAGAUAGCAGAGCAGAUGGAGGGCUACUCUGGAGCCGACAUCACCAACGUCUGCAGGGACGCCUCUCUCAUGGCCAUGAGGCGAAGAAUCGAGGGCCUCACACCCGAGGAGAUCCGCAACAUUUCCCGCGAUGAGAUGCACAUGCCCACCACCAUGGAGGACUUCGAGUCAGCUCUGAAGAAAGUGUCCAAGUCUGUGUCUGCAGCCGACCUGGAGAAGUACGAGAAGUGGAUUGAAGAGUUUGGGUCGUGCUGAACAAGCCGGACAGCUGUGUUGUCUGUCUGUGUGUGUGAGUGGAAGUGCGAACCUGAGAAGUCUGGAUAAUGAUCAUUUUUAUCUGCGUUUUAUUCUGCGUCUUAACUCUUCACUUCUUUCGUAAAUUAUUGAAAUAUCAGGUUAUAUGUAAUGCUUUACCUUAAGCAGGUUUAUUACAACAGUUAUAUUUGUGCACCUCUUUGCCUUAUUGUGCAUUAUGUCUUACAUUCCAGUAGAAUAACCUGUUUGUUUUUUCCAACUGGUGUCCAUGUAUUCCUGUAUUGUACAGUGCAGAUACAGUACUGACAUUUCCUUUUACAUUUUACAGUGAACCCUGAGGCAUGAAUAAUGGUAAAGAAAAAAAAAUAAAAUCAAUUGUAACUGGAAAUUGGAAAAUUAUAACAGGGGACACAAAGCACAUUGAGAACUGACAGAUUUAUUAUAAGUUUAUUUACUUUACAGAUGUUUGUAUGAGUGUCAUAAAAGUGUCAUAAAAGUAGCUUGUACUGUUGUCUCCAGUUGUGCAAACACUGGGCUAAUGUUUGAUCCAUGUUACGCCUCCUGACUUGUUUUUUUGCACUUGAUUUUAUUUGGAAUUGUGGGACGAUGUGGUUCUUUCUAUGUUUUGUAGAUGCAAAUUUAUAACAUCACGACACUAACAAGGAAUUGCAAUGAAUCAAACCACUAUCAAUAUCUUAAUAAAGUCUUAAAUUGACA